CUUGCAUGGAACAACUUCUGUCCCCACCCUUGGAAGGAAGAAAAAAGGGAAAAGAAGGAAAACAAAAAAGAGAAACAAAAAAGAAAAAAAAAAAAGGAGGAGAAGAGGAACGGCUAGGCCUCAAUUAACGAGCAUCCCUCCCUCCGAGCGACGCAGCCUGCACUCGUCGCCCAUCCGGACAUGAGCUCCCAUAGCCACACGGCCCCGCCGGGUGCCGCCCCCGUUGCCCAGGCCGCCGUGGUAGACGAGCGCGUUCCCGGGCCCGACACAGGGGCCGGCAGCGAGUCGGACGAUGGCGACGGGCUGCUCGCGGCCAUGGGCUACAAGGCCGAGCUCGUGCGCACGCGGUCGACCUGGCACGUCGCCUUCAUGUCGUUCGUGCUGGCGUCCAUUCCCUACGGCCUGGCCACCACGCUGUACUAUCCGCUGCAGGGUGGCGGGCCCGUCGUCGUCGUCUGGGGCUGGGUGCUCGUCAGCCUCAUCAUCCUCUGCGUGGCUGCGUCGCUGGGCGAGAUCACGUCCGUCUACCCGACCGCCGGCGGCGUCUACUACCAGACCUUCAUGCUCGCCCCCUCCAGCUUCCGCCGCGUGGCCGCCUACAUCUGCGGCUGGGCCUACGUCGUCGGCAACAUCACCAUCACGCUGGCCGUGCAGUUCGGCACCACCCUCUUCUUCGUCGCCUGCGUGAACGUCUUCGAGUCCGAGCCCGGCGUCGGCGUCUGGGAUGCCCAGCCGUACCAGGUCUUCCUGACCUUCCUGGCCAUCACCCUGCUGUGCAAUGCCAUCUCCACCUUUGGCAACCGCUGGUUGCCGCUGCUAGACACCUUUGCCAUCUUCUGGACCUUUGCUGGUCUCUUGGCCACCCUCAUCACCGUACUGGCUGUCGCCAAGGAGGGCAGGCGCGGGGCCGACUUUGCGCUCGGAGGCUUCGAGCCGACCUCGGGAUGGCCUGCCGGCUGGUCGUUCUGUGUCGGCCUGCUCCACGCCGCCUACGCCACCUCGUCGACUGGCAUGGUGAUCUCCAUGUGUGAGGAGGUCCAGCGUCCGGCCACCCAGGUGCCCAAGGCCAUGGUCAUCACCAUCGUCAUCAACACCAUCGGCGGCCUGCUCUUCCUGGUGCCCCUCAUGUUUGUCCUGCCCGACCUCGCCAUGCUGGUCGCCCUCCCUUCGGGCCAGCCCGUGCCCACCAUCAUCAAGUCGGCCGUGGGCUCCUCCGGCGGCGCCAUCGCCCUGCUCGUCCCUCUCAUGGUGCUGGCCAUCCUCUGCGGCGUCGCCUGCACCACGGCUGCCUCGCGCUGCACCUGGGCUUUCGCCCGCGACGGCGCCAUUCCCGGCUCCAAGUGGUGGAAGCAGGUGCACCCCACCCUCGACCUGCCCCUCAACGCCAUGAUGCUCUCCAUGGCCAUCCAGAUCGUGCUGGGCGUCAUCUACUUCGGUUCAUACACGGCCUUCAACGCCUUCUCGGGCGUCGGCGUCAUUUCUCUGACCGUGUCGUAUGCAGCUCCGAUUGCCGUGUCCAUGCUGGAGGGCCGAGCCCACGUCAGGGGAGCCAAGUUCCCCUUGGGCAAGUUUGGCUGGCUCUGCAACGGCAUUGCUAUGGCCUGGUCGAUCCUCGCCGUCCCCCUCUUCUGCAUGCCUGCUUACAUCCCGGUCACGGCCGCUAGCGUCAACUAUGCACCCGUCGUCUUUGUCGGCUUUGUCGUCAUCGCACUUGUGUGGUACGCUGUUUGGGGCCGGAAGCACUACCGUGGGCCGCCCACCGAGAGUCUUGGCCAGGAGCCCGUACCAGGUCUGGAUCGCGUCGUCGGUUCGACCAAGAAAGACUAGAGAGGAGCUCCACCUCCUCUCUGCCCUUCCCCCGCCCCUCGCGCGCGGUGUGUGAUGCUCAUUUUUCCCGCGUAUUAUGUUUCAACGAGUGAUGUCGCGAAGGCGUUUGGGCGUCUCAUGUCAAUAGGGUCAUUUCAACAUCCUAUGGCCCGUUCGAUACCCCGUUCUUCCCCGAUACAGUUGGGGCGUUGAUUAGUAGACAAACAUGAUGAUUAGAAGCUCGUUCAGGCUUUUAUGCUGCUAAGCCAUAUCUCACAUCUGCAGACGACUUGCCCCUUUUAUGCAAGAAGCCCCUUAACCUGUUG